AUGGAGCGCCCAACGUACUCGAAAGUCAAGUUGCAGACUGCAUCGUCGUCGAGUGAGACGCUGCUCGAUGCAGUCGACGAUGACGUUGGCGCCAACGAGAUCGUGACCGACGACACGAGCAUGACGAUGGCCGAGCUCCUUUAUGACGACCAAGGCUGGACCAUCUUGUCGCUGGCGGCUGCCGAGGGCCACGAGCGCAUUGUGCAGCUGCUCUUGGAGUCGCCUCGGUUUCAAGAAAUUCCCGAGUAUGCGACCGACACGGUGAUCCAAGCUGUGAGCCGGGACCAUGUGGCCAUCGUUCAGCUGCUUUGGCAAGCGAUACCUGGUCAAGUGGACGUCAAGGACGGCGAGGCUUCGUUGCUGCACAUUGCGGCACGGGACUACGCUCACAGCGUACUGCAGUGGCUUCUGCCGCACUUUUCGUCGGUCGAUCAACUCGACAAGGACGGACAGACCCCGCUGCACCUGAGUAUCGAGGCCAACAAUAGCCGGGGUAUGGAUCUUCUCCUGCGCGCGGGCGCCAGCGUCAACAUUGCCGAUGAGCUGGGCAACACAGCUCUGCACAUGGCGAUUCAGUCGAUAGACGACGAAGACGAGUGUUGCGAGUACCUGCAGCGCUUCCUCACGGCCAACGCCGACGUCGACAUCAAGAACAAGGCACUCCGAACGGCUCUACCGGCGGACGGCAAGCGCGCGGCUGAGCUCACUGAUAAGGCCAGUAUCCAACAUCUCUUGGCAAACGAAGCCGGGUUUCGAUCGCAAUUCCCGUUGCACUGCAUCGCGCGCGCCAACGACGUCGCCGCCAUCGAUGCGUGGCUGGCACAGCAGCCCGUCGACGAAGCCCAACGCAAAGCCAAAGUGCUCACUGCGCUGUCUGUCCAGGACAUGGACGGACUGACUGUGGUCAUGCACGCCGCAAAGGCCAUCAACAACACCAAGCCGACGCAGGUGCUCGACCAGAUCCUGCCGUACUGCACUCCCGACACCUUGAAGAUUGCAACGCCGAGCGGAGAGACGGUUUUAGACAUGCUCUUGCAAGCUGAGAUCACAUGUUUGGCCAACCCCGACCACGCUUCCAACGAAGCGCUUCUCAAGGCAUUGGAGGGCGUCAUGGUCCGUCUCAACCACGAGCUCGACCCAACGACCCUUCCCGACGUGCUGCUCGAUGCGAAGCCUCCGCUGGCUUGCUUUGGUGCUUGCCAAGAGACGCACCGAUCGGGCGCUACCAACUACAUCAAGUUGGCGGAGUCCAAAAACUGGAACGAGCUUCAGAGCCUUCUGAAGACCAAUCCCAGCGUCAGUACAAUCAACGAUUGCGACGACAAGGGCUACGCCGUCCUGCAUCACGUCUGCAAAGCGGGAAGCGCCUCCACGCUGCACGUGCUGCUCCAACAAACCCAACUCGACAUCAACCUCGAAACCGAGAAUGACGAGCAGAUGAGCGCUAUCGCGCUGGCUGCAGCCAACGAACGCAUCAAGUGCGUGCGCUUGCUGUUGCUCGCCGGCGCCGACCACAAUGUGGACGAGGACGUGGACGAUACUCGCAUGAAGGAGCUACGAGCCGCAGCGAACCCGAGCCAACUCCUCGUGUACGACAGCUGGGCCCUGGCAAAGAGCCACCCCGACUACUACUUCGCACGGUUGCCCAACACCGACGCCGCCAUGAAAUGCAUUCAAGCCAAACAAACCGCUCUGCACGCGGCAAUGCACAUGCCGCUGCCAGAAUACGUGCUCGACUACCUCACCGAGGAAGCCGACCUGGACGCGCCAGACGACGCGGGUGAGACGGCACUCAUGGUCGCUGCCAAGCUUGGCCACCUCCCGAACGUGCGGUAUCUGGUCGAGAAGGACGUUGACAUCGAUCUCCGCGACAAGACGGGAUGCACGGCAUUGAUGCUCGCAGCUGUUGCUGGCCAUGGAGACGUGGCCGAGUACCUGGUCAACCACUUGGCCGACAUUAUGCUCAUCGACGAGACGGGUCGUUCUGUGCUCGAAAAGCUCGAUGUGUUUUGCCGCACGCAACCUGCCAAGGACAACGGCCGCGACGUCCCCCAGGCACAGAUUCUCGAAAUGCUUCGCAAGGAAGCACAGACGCGAGCCACGUCACAAGCGUUCCGCGACAAAGUUGCGCUGAGCAUGAUCACGCAAACAACCGACGAAAUCUUUGGCGGUGACGGGGCCGACUUUCCGAAAGCGAUUCAGUGCAGCCUCAAGCUCGGUCAGACGUUUCUCGACGACUGCAUCACGCUGAGUCGCCACGAAGCGACGUUCUCCAAGCUGGACGUUCUCUACGGCUCGUGCGCUGAGAAAAGCGCGCUCCACACCGUCCUCAACAUGCCAUCGACUGACGUCAUCGCUUCGUUUGAGACGAAAAAGGCGUGUCUGGAGCACGUUGCGUUUCGUCGGCUCCUUGAGAUCAAGUGGGAGCUCUUUGGCCAGCGCAAGUACAUUGAGCAACUUCUCAUGAACGUCCUCUUGCUGCUGACCAUGACCACGUCGUCCGUGCUCUUCACCGACGAGCUGCCCCCGUUCCUCGUGCUGGUGUUUGGCAUCUCGGCCGUGACGCUUGUGAUUGUGGCAUAUGCUGUCGUGCAAGGGCUUCGUCCAGCCUUGCUGUGGCGACUGGCGCGCUACUUCCAUGACGGCAGUGUGGCCCUGGACGUCUCUCUUACUCUUCCCGACUUACCUCAGAAGAAGGCACUCGUCCGUCACAGCUUGGUGCUGCUUACGACGGGGCUAACUCUUGCAUGUGUCCUGCCGCUGCUCUUCUUUGCGGAUGCGGUUGGAAUGAACACGUGGUUUGCAUCGUUCAACAACGGCGUCUUGGGGCUCACGGCGUCGUACUUUGUCAUCAACGAAGUGCAAGAGAUGAGGGCCGACAUUCACGGCUAUAUGGCGUCGAGUAUGAACAAGGCGCAGAUGCGCAUCUACCUCCUCAUUGUACUGGUGUUUGUGCCCAUGAAGAUGGAGUGGUUCGCCGUCUCGUUCGAAGUGCAACGCAUUCCAAAGGCGCAGCUCGAGCUGUCGGUCGAGCAAGCGGACGCAUUGAUGGCAAGUGCAAGCCACCGUGCGGCGUGGCAUCAACAAAUGCAAGCCCUCGACACCGUCGUGGACAAGAAGAUGGACUUGGUCCGUGAUGGGCUCCUGCACAUCGACCACUUUAUCGCUGUGAACGUGAAAACCGCGUUCGCAGACGAACUCAAGGCGGUCGAGUCGUCGCGCAAGCAGAUCAAGGACGCGAUCGAGACGGCGCGCCGCAGUCGUGGCGAGUUUUCAACUGCCAUCCUCGCGCGGCUCCGACGCCGCACCAAGAAAGAGCUCGAGAAAUUCCAGCGCAACAUGGAUCGUCUUUGGAAGCCCAAGGCGACGGGAAAAGGCUGGGACGACCAUGCCAAAGGCGCCGUGCUGUAUGAACUCACGCAGCGUGCAUCGAUUGCGGCGCAGUUGCAAGCGACAUCGGAUAGUAUCCAAACCGCGGUGAACGACCCCGCCAAUGUUCAACUCGAAGAGAAGGACGAUGCCAACGACGGAGAGGACUACUCCUACGGCGCAGACGACGGCGAUGCGCCAGAGGAUGGCAUGGCGCAGCUCAAGCGCGAAUCGACGGCGCUCAAGGUCGCCAACGAAGCCCAAGCCAAGCAGAUCGAAGCCAUGACGUCCAAGCUGGAUGUGGUUACGACCAAGCUCGAUACGAUCGCAGCGCUCUUGGGGCAUCGCGCUGACGCGACCGAGUCGAUGCGCCGUCAGAGUCGUUUUUGA